AUGGCUGCAGAGGACGCCCCGCGCAAAUGCUCAGGCCAGGACUGUGAAAACGACGCCAGCGCCCUGCAAUGUCCAAACUGCCAGAAACUCGGAAAGGAGAGCUACUUCUGUUCUCAAGAAUGUUUCAAGCGCAACUGGGGUGAGCAUAAGAAGGUGCACAAGUCACAAACCACGGGCCACUAUAACCCGUUUCCCACCUACCCAUACACCGGGGCUCUCAGGCCCGUAUACCCGCUGUCACCGCGCCGAGAAGUGCCAAAGCAUAUUCGAUUGCCAGACUACGCGAAAGAUGGAAUCCCGCGGUCCGAACAAGUAUUCGUCAACAGGAAUAAGAUUACCAUUUUGAACAAGGAGGAGCAGGAUGCCAUGCGCAAAGUGUGCCGAUAUGGGCGGGAGAUAUUAGAUAUUGCGGGCAGAGCUGCGAAGCCCGGUGUCACUACAGACUACAUUGACGAAAUUGUUCACAAGGCCACCAUUGAGCGCGAUUCUUACCCAUCACCCCUCAACUACUGCAAUUUCCCAAAAUCCGUUUGCACAUCGCUCAACGAGGUCAUCUGCCACGGCAUUCCCGAUCAGAGAGUACUGAAAGACGGAGACAUCCUCAACAUCGAUAUCUCAGUCUACCAUGGCGGUUUCCACGCGGACCUGAACGAGACCUACUACAUUGGAGACAAAGCGCUGGCAAAUCCAGACGCUGUACGGGUCACCGAGACUGCGCGAGAAUGCCUGGACAAGGCCAUUGAAAUCGCAAAGCCAGGCACUCUUUUCCGGGAAUAUGGCAACGUCAUCGAGAAGCAUGCUAAAAGCAAAAACUGCAGCGUGAUCAGGACGUAUUGCGGACACGGUGUCAACCAGCUUUUCCACUGCGCACCCAACGUUCCUCACUAUGCGAAGAACAAGGCAGUUGGGCAAGCGAAGCCGGGCAUGUGUUUCACAAUUGAACCUAUGAUCAGUAUUGGAACACACCGAGAUAAGACAUGGCCAGACGAUUGGACGAGUGUAACCCAAGAUGGUUCACUGACGGCGCAGUUUGAACACACUCUACUCAUAACAGAAGACGGCGUAGAGGUACUGACGGCGAGGUUACCAGACUCACCCGGUGGCCCUGUGCCAAUGCCGACUGCCAUCAGCAACGAAUCAAACGGGGAGGCAAAGGCUGACUCUUGA